CCCGUUCGUUUUCCCUUUUUUGUCAUUCUUUUCCAUUCUAAUUCUUUACCUGGUCGAAAAAGAAAAUAGAAGAAUUCCCCGCAUGGUCGGUGUUGCACCGAAUCGACACUGCCGCUUUAUCUUUCCCAGGUCGCAUUGCAGCGAAGAUCUGUUAAUCAGCAGUCGGUAGUAUGGAGGAGAUUUUGGCGGGAAAUCCGACGUGUCAUUCAGCGGCCAGAACACCGAAGCAACACGAUUAUCAACGUGCAGCGAAUCUGAUGCUGACGUGUCAUUAAUCUGCAAUGCCGAAGUCGUACAGGUGUCAUUAAGCUGCAAUGGCGACGCUAUACACGUGUCAUUCAACUGCAAUGCAGAAGCUGUACACGUGUCAUUCAUCUGCGAUGCAAAAGUCAUACAGCUCUGCAUGGUUGGCAGACAGGACGUCGUUGUGCAGGUUGUGCCACUGGGCACACAGGCCAAUGGCAGCAGCAUUUCCCGCCAAAUUACUUUGCAACCAAUCGCAUAGUAACGGAGUUUACAGCGCAGGAAAGCUGGCAGUUUCCAAAAAGAGUACGUCCCAAUGGCAUAAAGCAUUUUACGCAGAAAAGCAGGCAACUUCCAAAGAUAGUAAGGCUCUCGUCAACUGCUCUGGCAAACUUCACCCUCUGAAGCAGCUGGCAAUUUCCAAAAAUGGAAAACGCGGUAGCAGUUGCUGUGUCCCACGUGGAGGAGGACAGUCGUAUGGUGUGCAUGACGCAUCCGCUGAUGGUAGAAUGACGAUCAUCAGAAGAGAUUCGACCUCUACCUCGCUGAUAAGCAUGGCUUCUGCUUCUGACACGUGUCGAGCUCGACAAGCAGUCUUGACGUCAUCCAUGGGUAACUCCAGUCUGGCGGUAGAGACGAGUGCAGAAAGGAACGAGCACGAGGACAAGAAGCAGCAGCAGCAGCAGCAGCAGGAGGAGAGGAAGGAGGAGGAGGAGGAGGAGGAGGAGGAGGAGGAGGAGGAGCUGGAGGAAAACAAUUCGGUGGAUGAAAAGCUAGAGAUACUCAAUGAAACCUUGACGGCCUUGGAGUGGCAAGAGCUUUGCAGACAGGUUGGGAGGUUCGCUUCCACAUCACUGGGCCGUCAGAUCGCUAACAACGCUGAUCUAAGGGUUGGGAGAGACAUAGGCGAAAGUGAGGCACUUCUGGAUCAAACCAGCGUGUUCUUUGCAAUGCAAGAACAAGGUUUCGAGGAAGAGGAUGAUUGUAAAAGAAAAAAUGAAUUAGAUUUUUCAGAUGUGUACGACGUAAGGAACAUGGUAGAUGCAGCUGCGAAUGGCACAGUCUGCGAAGGAGAAGCUCUGGUGGAGUUGGGGAAGACGCUGAGAGCAGCGAAGAAGCUGCACGAACAACUGAUAUCCAGCUUUUUUCCUGAUCGAAAAAGAUCCAGCCAAUCGGAUUCAGAUUUGGUAAAUCUAGAACCGGAUAAGGAACCGGAUAAGGAACCGAAUAAGGAUACGGAUAAGGAUACGGAUAAGGUUAGUUAUAAUUGUACUUAUCCUAAAGAUGAUGAUGACGACGGGGCAAGAAGGUUGGCAAGCCCGCGCGGUCUGAGGUUGCUCGUUGAGGAGAUAGACUUUCUGGAAGCUUUGGAGGAGGAGAUCCGCCGCUGCGUCGACUAUAGCAAGUACACUGUGUUGGAUCAAGCAACCCAACGACUUGCGGAGUUGCGAAGGGAGAAGGAGGAGACCUUCUGGUCACUUAAGAACGUAAUGAGAGGGGCAAUUCUGCAACUUCAGCAGUCCAAAGGAGGGAGUAGUAGCGAAACGUCCUUGAUAACCAGACGAAGAGGGAGGUCUUGUAUCUCUGUACGUGCAGCCCAGAAGUCUCUCGUUGCAGGAGGUAUAGUUCUUGAUCAAAGUAACACCGGCCAGACCUUGUUCAUUGAACCUAAGGAAGCAGUGCAGCUCAACAACAGGGAGAGGGAGCUAAGCUUGGCAGAGCAGGAGGAGGAGAGGAGCAUUUUGGCAAUGCUGACGAACCGGGUGGGCUCCUGCGCAAGUUCAAUCCAUGCAGUUCUUGAUCGAAUCGUAGCCAUAGAUCUUGCUCAAGCUCGGGGUGCUUAUGCCACGUGGCUAGACGCAGUGAGGCCACAUUUUGCCGCCCCUUGUGUUUUGAAGACCGACUGCCACAAAGUUGACAGUCACCGUAACAAUGAGGGAGGAGCUGGAACUCUGCAGGAAGAAAAUUCAAUGGGAGUCGUAGAGCGUGGAGGAGGUGGGAGCGAGAGGAGCUCCAUGCUGAUAGUCCCUGAACAACGAGGAGUUUCACAGAGCCAGCACGAUCAUUCUUGUGAGAACACCUCUGACAUGUCUGACCUGUCCCAAACUUUGACAGCUGGCGGCAUGCAGGUUUCCCUCCUUGGCAUCAGGCAUCCUCUGCUUCUAGGAAACGCACUCAUUGCCAGGGAAGAAGAUCAGAAUGGGCAGGAAGAGGAAGGAGGAGAAGGAGCGGGAGGAGGAGGAGGAGAGAGGGGGAGGAGGGAUCUCGACCGAGCCGCUAGGAUUACCUCUCUGCCUGUGCCUGUGGACAUCGCUGUCAAAUCGGACACACAUGUCGUGGCCAUAACGGGUCCCAAUACCGGCGGCAAGACGGCCACCCUGAAGACUCUGGGAAUCUCAGUUGUAAUGGCAAAAGCCGGUCUGUUCCUUCCAGCUACUGCCGGGAUCCCGAUCCUCCGUUGGUACGACUCCGUUUAUGCCGAUGUAGGAGACGACCAGUCUCUGGAGCAGAACCUGUCCACGUUUAGCGGCCAUAUCCGUCGUCUUCGCCGGAUUCUGCAGCACGCAGAAGCCAACUCCCUGGUCUUGCUGGAUGAGGUGGGGAGCGGGACCGAUCCCGGCGAGGGUGCUGCGCUGGCUGUUGCCCUGCUCCGCCAUCUAGCAGGCACAGUCGCUCUCACAGUGGCAACCACUCACUACGGCGAACUGAAGACCCUGAGGACGAAGGAUUCGCGGUUUGACAAUGCAUCGAUGGAGUUUGAUCCCCUGACCUUGAAGCCAACUUAUCGUGUGAUCUGGGGCGAGGCAGGGCAGUCGAAUGCGCUGGAAAUUGCGGCGGUGCUUGGCCUGGAUACCGAUGUGAUUGCUGAAGCACGGAGAGUUCUCGACGACCUCAGAGCUUCGUCUUCUCUGUCUUCGUCUGUUAUCAAGGAUUCAAACGGAGAUGACAAGAAGAUAAUGCCGAUGAUGCUAGGAUCGACGGCUAUGAAGAGAUCCGGGGAAUCUCUCCUGCAACCACUGAUUGAACAGACCCGUCGGCAGAGAGAGAGGGCGCAAGCUGCUGCUGAGGUGCUGCAAGAUGCACGUAAGGUAUAUGAUGAGCUAGCAGCGGUGUCGUUCAAUCUCGUGAAGAGAGAGGAGAGGCUGCGCAAGCAACAGGAGGCUGACACGUGGAAGGAGGCCCAGGAAGCCAUAUCCAUGAUCGAGGAGCUGCAGAAGGAGGCCGAAGAGAGCAUCAUACGAUGGAGGAGAGGGGGGGAGGAGGAGAAGGAGGAGGAGGAGGAGGCGAAGGUAGACGAUUGCCUUGGGAAGCUGUCAUCCAUGGCCAAAGAGUUUCUGGUGAUGCCUUCAGACGUUGCGGGUGCAUUCUUAGAAGACGAGGAUUUGCAGACUAGCCUUCUUGCAGAGUCGGACCUGUCGUUUGAUGUUGACGACUUGAAAAAUGGACGAGAAGCUGGAUAUGGAGGAGGAGGAGGAGGAGGAGAGAGGGGAGAAGAAGGAGGUCGCAGUGGUGUACAAGCUGGUCAGGAAGUCGUCGGAGUGAGGAGAAGGACGUGGGUACCUAAGGUUGGUGAUCGGGUGACUGUUCGACGACUGGGAUCUGCUCCUGUCGCCGUUGUGGAAGAUCCCGGCAAAGGAGGUGACUUGACUGUCCAGCUAGGCAUGAUGAGGGUCAAAGUCAACGCAAGAGAGGUUCUCCCUCUUGUGUCCUUGACGACAGAACAAAAGAAGAAAGGGGAGAGUGGAUAUCGACUAGCUCAACAAGGAAAGAGGAGGAGGAGGGCAUGGGAGCCAGAGCCCCUGAGUGUGGAAGAUGAGCUCAAAUUGUCCAUCUCUCAAGAAAAAUCAUCAAGUAUCUCUGGAGAGGAGGAUGACAUUGUGACGUUCGCACCUGCCGUCCAAACGUCUUCGAACACACUCGAUCUGCGUGGCUUUCGUGUUGAAGAUGCUCUGCAUGAGCUGGAAAUGACUCUGAGAACGCAACCGAGGGGAAGCGUGGUGUUCGUAAUUCAUGGGCUUGGUACAGGAGCAGUCAGGGACGCAGUUCUGAACGUCGUUGAAUCCCAUUCAUUGGUUGCCAAGAUCGAGCCGCCGACUGGAACGAACCCGGGUCAGACCGUCGUGUAUGUGAAGUGACGGUGCAGCAGGGAGAAGACGAUGAACUAACUAGCCGAUAUCUGUGGGAGGAGGAAGAGAAGCUGGUGGAGAUGGAGAAUGAAACGGAGGAGGAGGAGGUGGUGGAGGAGGAGGAGGAAGAGGAGGAGGUGUAGGAGGAGGAGGAAAGGGAAUGGUGGAGGAGGAAGAGGAGGAGGUGGAGGAGUAGUAGGAAGAGGAGGAGGUGUAGGAGGAGGAGGAAAGGGAAUGGUGGAGGAGAAAGAGGAGGAGGUGGAGGAGGAGGAGGAAGAGGAGGAGGUGUAGGAGGAGGAGGAAAGGGAAUGGCGGCGGAGGAGGAGGAGGAGGAGGAGAAACAUGAGGGAAUGCAGGAGGAGAAGGUACAUGAGGAGGGAAUGUAGGAGGAGGAGGAACAUGAGGAGGGAAUGGAGGAGCAGGAAGAGGGACAUGAGGGGGGGAAUAGAGGAGGAGGAGGGAAAGGGGCAGAAGAUGAUGAGGUACGCAAUAAUUGUGGGAGCGUAAGGAUGAUGAAGAGGAGGAGGAGGAAGGCAGCAGAUGGAGAUGGAGAAUGAGAUUGAGGAGGAGGAGGAGGAAGGCAGCAGAUGGAGAUGGAGAAUGAGAUCGAGGAGGAGGAGGGCAAGAGCGAGGAGGAGAGGUAGAAAAAGAGGAAGAAGAAUAGGGAUGAGGAGCAGCAAGAUGAGGGGGAAAACGAGACUGACGAGAGGGGGGGGAAGGAUGGGGAGGGGGAGGAAGAGGAGGGAGUGGAGGAGUAGGAAGAGGAGGAGGAGCAAAAGUAGGAGGAGGGAGAAGACGACAACGAGUACGAGGAGAAUAGGAACGGGGAGUAGGAAGAGGAGGAGGAGGAGGAGAAUAGGGAGAGGAGGGAGACGAGGAAGGGAAGGAGGAGGAGGAGGAGGAGAGGGAGAGGUGGGACACGAGGGAAAGGGGAGAAAAAAGAUCAGUGGUGGAGAGAAGGAAGGGAUACUGGAAAUGGAGUAGCUGCGGAUUCCUAAAAUUGUCGCCAGGGAGAACUUUUUCUCCUGGUGCUGAUUUUUUUUCAGACCACCUUUUGGUUAAUUUUUUGGGGCGUCUUUCAGCCCCUCAAGUUGAUGGGGUUAGUAUUCUUUAUAACUAUUCAUUUGUACAAUUUGUGAGAACGACUUCAGAACUCGGUCUAACGAGUCUCGUAAUCAACCUAAUUACACGAA